UUCAUAGAUGUAACUUGACUCGAACUUGACUUGAAGCCGUCUUGAAAAGACGCCAUCGCGUUUCAUAAAUCCUCCUUGACUUGAAACGCGAACUUGAAGCGAUCUUGACUUGAUCCAAAUCUUCAAAAUUUCAAGACAGCGUUGUACCUGUCUUGAACGUGACUUGAGCUUGACUUGGGCGAGUUUUCCAAGAUGUCGGCUUCCGACGUCGCUCGGAGAAUCGCGGCGUUCGAGUUUGCCUCCCGCGCCUCUGACCUCAUCUUCGGCAACGUGUACGCGUUACCGAGAGUCCCGCGGCCAUCGGUUCGAGACCGCGAAAACCCAAUGGAGAGGUACAACGACGGGCAGUUCCUCGCGCGGUACCGCUUCACGAAGGGAACCGUGCGGGAGCUGCUCGCCACGCUACCUCUUCAAGCGAGCGCUGACAACAGGGGUCUGCCGCUGCCCCCAAUGCUGCAACUCCUGGUGACCCUGCGGUUCUACGGUGCCGGGGCGUUUCAGAUUGUCACGGGGGACCUCGUCAACGUGUCCCAGCCGACAGUCUGCCGCACGGUCGGAGUCGUGACGCGCCUGAUCGCACGGCAUCUGUUCAAAGAACUCGUGCAUUUUCCGGACGCUUCCCAAUUAAACACUGUGAUGCGCGAAUUCUUCGAGAUCGCCGGAUUCUCCGGCGUUACGGGCUGCAUUGACUGUACCCACGUGCGAAUUAACAGCCCCGGCGGUGACGACGCGGAAGUAUACCGCAACCGCAAAGGAGUGUUCUCCAUCAAUGUCCAGGCUGUCACCGGUCCGCAGCUUCAGUUUUUUGAUGUCGUGGCAAGCUGGCCCGGGUCUGUCCACGACAGCCGCAUCUUUGACAAUUCGAGGCUGCGGGUCAUGUACGAGGAGCACCGACUGCCCGGGCAUCUGCUGGGAGACAUGGGCUAUGCAUGCUUCCGCUUUCUAAUGACUCCCCUUGCACAGCCCGUUAGAGCAGACACACCACGGGGCAGGCAAGUAAAUCCUAGAAGUGCUUCAGCACUUGGUCUGGUCUGCACAAGCACUUCCUAUGAUCAAAUGCAUUUUGGGGAGUAGAUGGAAACAAAAUAGCGCUGGUUUUGCAAACAUAGACUAUUAUUUGGAGUUCAAAGGAGCCGACAUGGGAGCAGAGGGCUUGUCAAUAGCCAAGAUGACUGGUGGAUGCAUCCGCAGUGAAUCUCUAAAAAGGGAAUAAAGCGAGGGCCUACCACUUAAAUCAGUGCACAUCUAUGCGGAGGGCAAGUUCGUCUGCUUCUUG